GGCAACAUGUUCUACACACAUGUGCUUAUGAGUAAACGAGGGCCACUGGCCAAAAUAUGGCUUGCAGCUCACUGGGAGAAGAAACUUACAAAGGCCCAUGUGUUUGAAUGUAAUCUAGAGAUAACCAUUGAAAAAAUUCUUUCACCUAAGGUGAAAAUUGCCCUUCGAACUUCAGGACACCUUCUUUUGGGAGUUGUUCGAAUCUAUAAUAGGAAGGCAAAAUAUCUUUUGGCAGAUUGCAGUGAAGCAUUUCUUAAAAUGAAGAUGACAUUUCGCCCAGGUCUGGUUGACCUUCCAAAAGAGAAUUUUGAAGCAGCUUACAAUACUAUCACAUUGCCAGAAGAAUUUCAUGAUUUUGAAACUCAAAAUAUGAAUGCUAUUGAUGUGUCAGAACACUUUGCUCAGAACCAAAGCAGACCAGAAGAAAUCACACUUAGAGAAGAUUAUGAAAAUGAUAUACUUUUUCAAGCUGGGAGCUUUGGGGAGGACUCUGAAGUUCUCAGAAGACAUAGCUUCUUUGAUGACAACAUAUUACUGAAUUCCAGUGGUCCUUUAGUUGAAAACAGUUCUGGAAGCCUCAUUGGAGAAAAAUCUCUGUUCUAUGACAGUGGAGAUGGAUUUGGAGAUGAAGGAGGUGCAGGAGAAAUGAUUGACAAUUUAUUGCAAGAUGAUGAGAAUAUCCUAUUAGAAGACAUGUAUUUGACCCAAGAGAUUUCCCUGCCUCCUGAGCCUUCCAGUGCUAUACUGGAAACAGAUAAUCCAGAGUGCGUUUGUCUACCUGAAUAUGUGAAAAUGGAUGAAACAACAUUAUCAAAUGAAGAGGACGUGUUUACCCUGCACCCAAUUGAUGUUUCAGACAUUGCUGAGAAAAGGAAAGGCAAAAAGAGAAGAUUGCUCAUAGAUCCAAUCAAGGAGAUCAGCAGCAAAACCAUGCACAAACAACUUAAUUCCUUUAUGGACACACUCAUGGUUUUGGAGCUUGCACCUCCUACCCAAAGAUUGAUGAUGUGGAAAAAGAAGGGAGGAGCAGAUAUACUUCUGUCAACUGCUUCCCAGGACAUGGUUCAUGCUGAACUGAAAAUGUUGUUUACAAAAUGCUUUCUGCCCUCUGCCUUUAAACUUGGAAGAAAAUUGAUACAGAAAGAGUCAGUAAGGGAAGAAAUGGGAAACCAAAACAUAGUAGAGACUUCCAUGAUAGAAGAGCCAAAUUCCCAGCAAGGGUCAAGUCAGUCCCAUGCUUGGAAAGAUGUGAUUGAUGGAUCUUACUGUAGUUCUCAAGAGGAUCCCGGUAAAAAUAUUAAUUCUGGGCGGGAUAUUGUUGAAAUGAUAUCUUCAGCUGCUGAGGAAUCAUCUUUAAUGAAUCCCUUCUUGGCAGAAGAAAUUGAAUAUUGUCCAGUUGAAUUGGAGUCACCGAGGAAUUCACAACAUAUUGAGGCAGAGAGAUGGAAUCGAAGAAUACAUCAGAUAUUAAAUAGUUUACGGGAAUCCAACAAGAUGGGAAUGCAGUCCUUUAGUCUGAUGAAGCUCUGCAUAAAUAGUGACCGAAAACAAGCAGCUGCCAAAUUUUAUAGCUUUCUUGUCCUAAAAAAACACCAGGCUAUUGAGCUGAGCCAGAGCGCUCCCUAUGCAGAUAUUAUAGCUACGAUGGGACCAAUGUUCCAUAAAAUGUGA